UCCUGACCUCGUGAUCCGCCCGUCUUGGCCUCCCAAAGUGCUGGGAUUACAGGCUUGAGCCACCGCGCCUGGCUUGUGUCUCCUUUUAAGAGAGGGAAGCCAUAUCUAGAUAACCCCUGCAGGUUCCCCUCAGGCCUCCUUCCUAAACCAAUCCUGGGAGGUCCCUGUGAGCCAUGACUGCCAGGACUGAGUCCUGGUGCCAGCACAAGCCCAGGUGACCGGCAUUGUAGACAGCGCAGGGGUUAGAAUGUGGACAGUGGGGAAUGUAGGGGACACUCUCCUGUUGCCGUGGCCACCACAGACACAUUUGGGUGCUGAGGGAGUGAGGCCGCGGGGGCUGGGAAGGGACCUGUACAUGGGGGAGAGCAGGCAAAGGUCACUCGGGAACCAGCCCAGCUCUGAGGCUGAAGGCAGGUCAGAAAGGGAGCUCAGUGGUGACCCCCGUGGCCUCCAGAGCUCUGUGUACGAGAGCCGGCGGGUCACAGACCCCGAACACCAGGACCCGGACAAUGCGGAGCUGGGACCAGAGGACCCGGAAGAGGAGCUUCCCCCCGAGGAGGUGGCCGGGGAGGAGUUAUUGGAGACCCUGGAUCCCAAAGAGGCACUCUCUGAGUUGGAGAGAGUUCUGGACAAGGAUUUAGAGGAGGACAUUCCUGAAAUCAGCCGGCUGUCCAUCAGCCAGAAGCUCCCCAGCACCGUCAUGGCCAAAGCAAGGAGGAAGACAAGGCGGCGGAGGCUCAUGGAGCUGGCAGAGCCCAAGAUAAACUGGCAAGUCCUGAAAGACAGGAAGGGAUGCUGUGGUAAGGGGUAUGCUUGGAUUUUCCCAUGCAAGAUGAGCUUACGGUUCUGUCUCUACUGGCCCUCUGUGUACUGGACCGAGCGGUUCCUUGAGGACACCACCCUCACCAUCACAGUGCCCGCAGUGUCCCGCCGAGUGGAGGAACUGUCUCGGCCCAGAAGAUUCUACCUGGAAUAUUACAACAACAACAGGACGACUCCUGUCUGGCCCAUUCCUCGGUCCUGCCUGGAAUACCGAGCGACGAGUCGCCUGAAGGAACUGGCCGCCCCAAAGAUUCGUAACAACAUCUGGAGCGUGCCCAUGUCUGAGGUGUCCCAGGUAUCCAGGGCAGCCCAAAUGGCAGUCCCCAGCUCACGGAUCCUCCAGUUGUCAAAGCCAAAGGCCUCAGCCACCUUGUUGGAAGAGUGGGACCCCAUGCCGAAACCCAAGCCACAUGCGUCAGACUAUAACCGCCUCCUUCACUUGGCCAGGCCCAAAGCUCAGUCGGACAAGUGUGUUCCUGACCGAGAUCCUCGCUGGGCGGUGCUGGAUGUCACCAAGAAGGUGGUGGCCAGCCCCCGGAUCAUCUCCCUGGCCCAGCCCAAAGUGCGCAAGUGCCUCAACGAGGGCCACAACAGGCGUCCCCUCGCCUCUAUGAGCUUGCCACCCCCAAAAGCAUCACCAGAAAAGUGUGAUCAGCCCAGGCCUGGCCUCUAAGACCUCCGCUCCCAGUAAACACCCUCAGGCACCCUACACCUGUGUAUGUGAUUAUUCCGAGCGUUUUGGCCUGGAGAAGGGAGGGCGGGCCAGAAGGCCAAAAGAAGGAUGAGGAGGACAAUAAUAUUUAUUUUUUCAUCCAACCUGCGAUUUGUCUAGCUGUUUAUUUUCCGAGUCACUUUCAUUGACCAUCUCGAGCGCCCUCUGAAUCUCUUCAAUCCAGACUUGCUCGUCCACUCCUCCUGAGGGCCCACAGGACCGUCAGAGUCGGAAUGACAGCCCCUGUCACACCAGCUGACAUCUGUUGCACAACUUAUGGAUCUUUACAGUGAUCUAAUGAUGGAGGGAUUAUCAUUGUCCCCAUUCCUCAGAUGUGGAGACUGAGGCUCAAAUAGGUUAGGAAAAGACCCACAGUCCCUGCUAUGGCCUGAAUGCCUGUGUCUCCCCCUAAUUCAUAUGUUGAAAUUCCCAUCCUCGAGGUGAUGGUAUUAGGAGGUGAGGCCUCGGGGAGGCAAUGAGGUCAUGGAGCAGAGCUGUCACGCAUGGGAUUGGUGUCCUUAUCAAAGAGGACCGAGAGAUACCCGUGGCCCCUGUCUGCCAUGUGAAGAUGCUGAGAAGCAGGUAGUGUGCAACCAGGAGGACCCCCACUACCAGCACCUGACCAUGCUGGCACCCUGAUCUCAGACCUGCACCCUCCAGGACUGUGGGAAAUAAACUACUAUUGCUUCUAACCCACCACUCUAUGGUACUUUCUUACAGCAGGGCAGAUGGACCAAGACAGUUGCCAUUAUUACCAUCGGGUUGCUGCUGUAACAAACGCCCACGAAUGGGGUGACUUAAAACACUACACAUUUGGGCUGGGUGCAGUGGCUCACGUCUGUAAUCCCAGCACUUUGGGAGGCCGAGGCAGACGGAUCACUUGAGGUCAGG